AGGGAGGGAGAGAGAGAGAGCGCGCGACUAAGUGGGGAGAGGAAAACAAGGGACAUCAACAUCUAUACUACUCUCAUGUUGUUGGAUAUUAUUUGACGAAGCAUUUUUCCCCCUUAUCACCCCCCACCCUUUACCCCCCCCCUCCACCCCCAAACAUACACUUCUUUUCAACUUUCUCUAUUAUUGGAUUUCUUUGAGUUUUGAGACUUUACGUAGGACUACACAUUCAAUGCUCUCCGUUAUAUUAUAGGCAUUUCUCCAAAAUCCAUUUAAAUUAUUUUUCGUGGAAUAUUUUUGUCCAGGUCAAGAAGAAAAUCAACUCGGUGCGAUGCCUAUUAUCCUCAAAUAAACGGACAUCAUCAAGCAAGGAAUGUUUCGCGAAAUCUGAGCGCUGAUGUCCAACUUUGUUUAUCUCAUAGAUAGAGGCUGGAAUAAGAGAUUUAUUAAAGGGCCCAUUGCAUCUGGCAAGAUUAUAGAAUCGAACACUUAUUUGACCAUGGACAUUUCUUUGAGGACAUCAUUUUCACUUUUGAUUUCUCCAUGGACAUUUGGAAGAUCAAUAGUUUAUUGUUGAUGUCAAGUUAUAUUUGAUAUGUCGAAUUUCACUGUUAUUCUCUAGCACUUUCUUAAUUCAUAUUUAGAAAAACUAUCAUUCGGUGUUCGAAUGAGGUAAAUAACAGUUGGUGUAGCAGUGUGUAUUCAGCUGUCCACCCUUUUAAUCGUCACGUCACUGUGUUGUGAACCCGUUCACAGCCAGUCAAUCGUUUGUGGAUUAAUCGGAUAAAUUCCGCGUUCAUUCCACGGUGGGAAUCAACGGCGUACCAAUGUCUAGGCCGCUCACACAGCUCCUACCGCCUGACCUCCCUGCCGGAGCGAGCCCACAGUUAAGUACGGGUAACCUCGCAGGUAGUGUCCCGACCGGCGGACACUUGAACUCCAUGGCCAGCCUCAAGACUCUCCUACAGCUGCCCAUCAAGGCUGACCAGCGAGCGAAGGACUGCUGUGCAAUGAAAGACAAAGACAAGCCCCAGGACUCGGACUCGGACACCAUGGGUGGGGGCCCAGGCGGACGGCCUUCCCAGUCGGCUUUCCUGGGGCCCCAUCUGUGGGAGCGCACGCUACCCUGUAGCGACGGUGGCCUCUUCCAGCUGCAGUACAUGGACCUGGAGGAGUUCCUGACUGAGAACGGCAUGGCCAUGCACAGCAAAGGUGGCAACGGCGCCAGCGCCAGCGCCCAGGUGCCCUCGCAGAGCUCCCUGCAGUCGGCCGUGCCCAACCAGAGCUCCCAGUGCCCGCCGUCCUCCCCUCCGCUAUGUUCUUCUUCAUCGUCCUCCAUGUCCUCCUCAUCUUCCUCCUCCUCGCUGCUGGGCCUGGACAACGGGCCGCCACCACCAAACGGACUGCCAGGCAUGAUGGGAGGGCCCGAGUGCCUACGUGGUGGCCAGGUCAUGCCUCCAGACCUCUCGCCCUCCUCCACCACCACCUCCUCCUGCCUCCCCGGGCCGCCAGGAGGCUCACUGGUCGCCAACGGCACCGCUGACGUCAUGGUGAACUUUGACCCGGACCCAGCGGACGUGGCGCUGUCCAGCGUGCCGGGCCAGGAGGCCUUCGACCCCCGGAGGCACCGCUUCUCGGACGAGGAGCUCAAGCCACAGCCCAUGAUCAAGAAAGCCCGCAAGAUGCUGGUCCCAGAUGAGCAGAAGGACGACAAGUACUGGAGCCGGCGCUACAAGAACAACGAGGCGGCCAAGCGCUCACGUGACGCCCGGCGCCUCAAGGAGAACCAGAUCACGGUGCGCGCCGCCUUCCUGGAGCGAGAGAACGCUGCUCUCAGACAGGAAGUGGCCGACAUGCACAAGGAGCUGGGCCGCUGCCGCAACAUCCUCAACAAGUUCGAGAGCCGACACGGAGACUUGUGAGGAAGAAGAAGAAGAUGAGGGGAAGGGUGGAGGAAGGAGAGGGUUAGAAGGCAGCCCCAACAUUGGCAGCACUUUAGUUGAGGAGGUGCGCGUACGGCCUACGUAGACGUGACGUAAGCAUUGUAUGACACCUGGCGUAAGCAUCCGUGUUGUGAGUAGCCCACAGUGUUGUAGUGAGUGCAGCCUUCAUUUUGUGUAUCUGUGCUAUGCUGGUUUCACUUCCUGUGUCUCUUUGACAGGUUGCGUCGUGACGUCAUUCAGUGUUUAUAUCAGGUGCGUUGCAGUGUUUUUUCGGGUAAUGCGCAGGCCAUACGCGCACCCAUUCAGAUGGGUGUGUUCAAGUCAUACAGAUCACAGACAACUAAUGUUUUUAAGCUAAAGGCAAGGAGACAAGCCAGGGGAGGACAGAUGUGUAAUUUUUUCUAUGACUAAACAUGUAUAUUUUUUAACUGUACUGAGCAAGGAGGGAGGCAUGGGCAAACUAGAAAACAUAGGAUGAGCUAUAUCUAGAGGAGGAGGAUUAGGAGAGGUAGGCAGAAGAGAGGAAAGCAAAGAGAUUUCAACAUAGGAAAACUGUAUAUUUUUAUAUUUGCAAAAACAGUUCAGAGGAGAUUUUGGAAAUACUCUUUUGUAUAUUUUAUAUAUGGGUGAGUUUAGUAGAGAGAUUGGGGCUAUAUGAAGAUGUUUUAACAACAGGGUAGAUUGAUAAAUUAUAUAUUUUAAACUUUGAACAACCAUCCCGGUUUAGGGACAUCGAUCCCGAAGAGGUUUUAAGAUAGAAGGGUCAGAGGUCGUAAUAGAGAAUGUAUAAUGGUUGUUUCCAGGGAAAACAUGGCGGCGAGAGAGGAGAUGUAUCUUAGUAAAUGAUUGUGGACAUGAACAGAUAGAAGGUUAAAUAAACAUUGUAUAGUUUAAA